CCUGUCUUUGAUGGGUAUUAUUUUGAAUUUUUAACGGUUUGUAAAAGUUAAAGUUUUGUCUUUGCCCUGCUGAUAAAGCAAAAAGCUUGGCAAAGACGUGAUGGACCCAAGCACAAACGAAUAUGUUAAAACACGAGAGAAAACUGAACGGAAACAAGAUGCUGACGAUGAGUGUGAUAAAAGCUCUCCAACUUUUGUAGAGAAACCGUCUUCUCGAAGAGUCAGUUUUGCUAGUAUGAAUUUCAUCAAGCAAUUUGCCAUAGACCCGGAAAAGAAUACAAUAUGGGAUGCGACAUACGAAGAAAUGCUCACGUUAGAUUCAACGCAUUCUUCUGAAAAUGUGCAUGGUACACUGUCUGCGCGGCAAACAGGCAGUUAUAAUUCGGAUAUUAGAAAAGAACAUGUUGGGGAUGCAGAAGAUUUUCAACUUGAUUUAAACUUACCUAAUAUAUGGAUGGAUAAGGAAAAUAUAAGUUUUCCAAACAAUAGUCAAACGCAAAAAGAGAUCGAGAAAGAUGUCGACGAGGUUUUGGCUCGUUUGGCGGUUCUUGGCUCCGACCAGGGGCCGAGGCCGCCGGCAUCGCUAAGUGAGGCGAGGGAACCUUCGUACAGAGCAAUUUGCAGCACAGUAAGGGGGCGACCUGUUUAA